AUGGCUUCACUCCUCCGAAACCUGUCGUAUCGCUUCACGCCUACACCGUCGUCGGACUUCCGAAAGGCAAAGAACGUCGACUCUCUCUUCACAAAGACGGACCCCGCUGUCGACGGCGACGACUGUCUACACGAUUGCGAAUCAUGUUCGAUCAAAUACCCCCGCAAGUUCGAGAUUGAUGAAGACGACAAGCUCUACGGAAACAUCAAUGGCUGGAACACUCACCUGAUUGUCGCUACUGGAAAGACGGACUGGGUACGCGACGUCGCCGACGAGGAGGGCAGCGUCAUGGAGGCCGUAGCAAAGACAGAAGAGCCCACAAAUGGCAUGAUGCUUUCGGCCUCCAACAUGCCUGUACCGCACACUUCGCACUCAGACCCCGAUGGCCAGGUUCGCACGACUGUUCUACUUCUCCCUGCCUUCAAGUUCAUCGAUCAUGUCACUCCCGCCGCUGUGCCAGACCUCAUCCAACAUUGCGUCAACACUGCUCCAACAAAUACGACACCCUUCGCCGAUCCUGCCUCUGAUAACUCUCUGACAGUGACGCCCUUGCCAGCAGGUCUGGAAUUGAGAGACUGCCCUCACAACUACUUGAUCUUGCUGUGUUCCCACGCAACAAGAGAUGCUAGAUGUGGCCAAUCCGCUCCACUGCUCAAGAAAGAGUUCGAAAGACACUUGCGGCCUUUGGGACUCGCCCGCGACUUUGACGACGAACGUCCAGGAGGCGCUGGAAUCUACUUCAUCAACCACGUCGGUGGCCACAAAUACUCUGCGAACGUUCUGAUCUACAGAAGACGCCUGUCGCCCGAUGGAAAGCCCUUGAAUGAGGCCGCCCAGUGCAUAUGGUUGGCCAGGAUCAAGCCUCAGGACUGCGAGAACCUCGUUCGCUACACUAUUCUGCAAGGCAAGGUGGUCAAGCCUGGACAGCAGCUUCGAGGAGGCUUUGACCGCUCGACUCAACUGACUAGCUGGUAG